AUGUGUGUCCUUCCAAGGAAGGUUGUUGUACGUGUCCCUGCGACGACAGCCAACAUGGGUCCUGCUUACGAUUCAAUUGGCAUGGCACUAUCAAUUUUCGCUGAGCUUACGGUGGAACAUUCAGAUGCGUUCUCCAUGAGUGUCGAGGGGGAGGGUUGUGAAGAAAUCCAACGAGACGAGCAAAACAUGGUUGUGAGGGCUUGCUGCCUUGCCUUUGAGUACGGCAACAAGAAAAUGCCCACUCUCAGGUUCAUCAUGAGGAGCGAUAUUCCAUAUGGUUGUGGUUGUGGUUCCUCUUCGGCUGCCGCUGUUGCUGGGUUUGUCGCGGGGUUGCAACUCUGCGGCCACACAAUGGCGACGGGGAGCGAGGAGGAAUUGCUUCAGGCCAUUGCGAAGUUCGAAGGGCAUCCUGACAACGCGGCUCCAGCGCUGUACGGUGGAAUUCAGCUCUGCUACAAGGAACACGGAGGCCGCGUGCUUACCACUCGUGUCCCCACUCCAUUCGCCCUCUCUGUCGUGCUCUUCAUUCCACGUGAAAAGAUGAAGGAAAACACGCACGUUACACGCGGACUCAUUCCCGAUUUUGUGCCCCUGGAGGACGCUGUGUAUAAUAUUUCCUGCGCCUCUAUCCUUGUUCUUGCACUAAGCACGGGUGACCUUCGAACUUUGCGGUCGUGUGGUGAUAAGAUACAUGAGGGACAACGUGGUGAUGCUCUCUUUCCACACUUUCGUCCCUGUGUGAAUGCCGCAAAGGAAGCCGGUGCCGCUUAUGCGUUUCUUUCUGGUGCGGGGCCAACUGUGUGCGCUCUCGUUGGUGGUCGGCAUGGGGAGGUUCUGACUCAGCCUAAGGAAGAGCGGGUCGCGGAGCGCGUCGCAUUGGCCAUGAUUGAUGCUGCGUGUGCGGUGGGUGUGGAAGGUCGGGUGGUGAUCACGCAGCCUUCGGAUCAGGGUGUGCACGUCGUGGGUGCUAAACCCGUUCGGCAUAAUCUUGUUUAUGUAUCGACUUAG